GGGCUUUCCGGAUCAUGCAGGGGCGAGACGGAGGUUCCAACCGAACAUAAAGGACUUCUUAAAUCUCUAACGUUACCUUGUAAAUCAAAAGCACUUAGCAAACUGUUUCAAGAAUCCUACUAGACACAGAAUGUUACUUAUAUAACACGUCACUUAAAGUUACAAGAUCACAAUGUAGGAAUGGAGGAGUAUAAGGAACAUCUGGCCGUUUGUUUUGAACUUAAUAUGUUUCAGUCUCGGGAGGAAACAGUAUCCAACUAAUACAAACGAGAUUAAUCUUUUAAGAAGGUACACAGCGUUUACUUUUGUCCUGUUCUGACUUUCGAGUUGUGAGGAGUGCAAGCUGCUUACAUUAAUGUUUAAGUCCUGUAGCUCAAUGGUGGAGCAAAUGUCUAGCAUGCUCAUGGUUCCGUCAUCGAGUCCUAACACCGAGGAGGGACACACAUGUGCCAUACAAGGACUUUACCUACUGUCGUACAAAGAAAUUUCUCUGCAACUCGUCUUGCUCUGUAACAGGUCAAGUCAUGUCCUCCAACGUUAUCCUACCAGGGAACUAAGGACGAUAACACACCAAUUUUCUUGGGGAAUGAAUUUUAGCGUUUAAAGCCACGUGCUGCUGGAUGCUGGCUCACCGCAGUGGCCAGUUUGGUCACAUGACGACGCUUGCACGAUUUCCCCUUGGCUCAUCCGGGGCGUCCCUAGAGAUGCCUGAUUAUUCUCCCCUUCUUUGGAGAAAGCUGCUGCCAAUUGCCGCAGAAAGCGUGAGAGGAUGGGAGCUUGUUUCCUCCAGUGUACCCUACAGACGUCAUUCUCCCUCGAAGAGAGCGAGCUUCCUGCCCUUACAUCUCCUUUACGGUCAGGCGCAUACUGGGACAGCCCUGCUCCCGCUCUGGGUCCUUUCGCUCUGCGGGCGCCGGCGCGCGUCACUGUUCAGCGCCCAGUCGCCGGGCUUCUCCCGGCUCGGGUUGGAGCCGCGGCCUCGAUGUCCUUUCCUCGGUGUGCCCUGCUGUGGGCUCGGCUCCCGGCGGGGCGCGGGGCUGCGUCCCGGGCGGCCACCCGCUCCGCCCUUCGCGCCCUCGUGGGGCCUUUCCCCGGGGCUCCGGGACGCGUUCCCUGCCUAGCCGCCUCCUCCUCUGCCUCUGGGGGCUCCAAAGCCCCGAACACGUCCUUGUUCGUGCCGCUGACAGUGAAGCCUCAGGGUCCCAGCGCCGACGGCGACGUGGGUGCCGAGCUCACUCGGCCCCUGGACAAGAACGAAGUAAAGAAGAUCUUAGACAAGUUUUAUAAGAGGCAAGAAAUUCAAAAACUGAGUGCGGACUAUGGACUUGAUGCCCGUCUCUUCCACCAAGCUUUCAUAAGCUUUAGAAAUUACAUUAUGCAAUCCCAUUCUCUGGAUGUGGACGUUCACAUUGUCUUGAAUGAUAUCUGCUUCAGUGCAGCCCACGUGGACGACUUAUUUCCAUUUUUCUUGAGACAUGCCAAACAGAUAUUUCCUGUAUUGGAAUGCAAGGAUGACCUCCGUAAGAUCAGUGACUUGAGGAUCCCGCCCAACUGGUACCCAGAAGCCAGAGCCAUACAACGGAAGAUAAUAUUCCACUCGGGCCCCACCAACAGUGGAAAGACUUACCAUGCAAUCCAGAGAUACUUGUCAGCGAAAUCUGGAGUGUACUGUGGCCCUUUGAAACUGCUGGCACACGAGAUCUUUGAUAAGAGUAAUGCUGCUGGUGUACCGUGUGACUUGGUGACGGGUGAAGAGCGGCAGACAGUUGAGCCUGAGGGGAAACAAGCCACCCAUGUCUCUUGUACUGUGGAGAUGUGCAGUGUUACAACUCCUUAUGAAGUGGCUGUGAUCGAUGAAAUUCAGAUGAUUAGAGACUCAGCCAGAGGAUGGGCCUGGACCAGAGCACUGCUAGGACUCUGUGCUGAAGAAGUCCAUUUGUGCGGAGAAUCUGCUGCUAUUGACCUGGUCACUGAGCUUCUGGACACAACUGGUGAGGAGGUAGAGGUUCACAAAUAUGAAAGGCUUACCCCCAUUUCCGUGCUGGAUCAUGCACUGGAGUCUUUAGAUAAUCUUCGGCCUGGGGACUGCAUUGUCUGUUUUAGCAAGAAUGAUAUUUAUUCUGUGAGCCGACAGAUUGAAAUUCGGGGACUGGAAUCUGCUGUCAUAUAUGGCAGCCUCCCACCUGGGACCAAACUCGCUCAAGCACGAAAGUUUAAUGACCCCAGUGAUCCAUGCAAAAUCCUGGUAGCUACAGAUGCCAUUGGCAUGGGACUUAAUUUGAGCAUAAGGAGAAUUAUUUUUUACUCCCUUAUAAAGCCCAGCAUCAAUGAAAAGGGAGAGAAGGAGCUGGAGCCAAUCACCACCUCCCAAGCUCUGCAGAUUGCCGGCCGAGCCGGCAGGUUCAGCUCCCACUUUAAGGAGGGAGAGGUCACAACAAUGCACCGGGAGGACUUGGCUUUGCUGAAGGAGAUUCUGAACAGACCUGUGCCUCCUAUACAGGCAGCUGGUCUUCACCCCACUGCUGAGCAGAUUGAAAUGUUUGCCUACCAUCUCCCUGAGACAACGCUGUCCAAUCUCAUCGAUAUUUUUGUAGACUUUGCACAAGUUGAUGGGCAGUAUUUUGUCUGCAAUAUGGAUGACUUUAAGUUCUCUGCAGAGUUGAUCCAGCAUAUUCCACUAAGUCUGCGGGUGAGGUAUGUGUUCUGCACGGCCCCCAUCAACAAGAAACAGCCUUUCGUCUGCUCGUCCCUGUUACAGUUUGCCAGGCAGUAUAGCAGGAAUGAGCCCCUGACCUUUGCUUGGUUACGCCGGUACAUCAAGUGGCCUUUGCUUCCGCCUAAGAAUAUUAAAGACCUCAUGGACCUUGAAGCUGUCCAUGAUGUCUUUGAUCUCUACCUGUGGCUGAGCUACCGAUUUAUGGAUAUGUUCCCGGACUCCAACCUUGUUCGAAAUCUCCAAAAAGAACUGGAUGUCAUUAUCCAAGAUGGUGUGCACAACAUCACCAAACUGAUUAAAAUUUCUGAGUCACGCAAGCUUUUGAAGCUGGAGAGCCUAUCUUCAGGGAGCCAGUCAACUUUGUCAGGAGCCUUAAAGAGCCCGGCAAGAAGGACACGUGGCACCAAAGGUGCUGGGGGUAAAGCGGCAGAGGCACCCAGCCCCGGCGCCGGGGAGCUGCCCCUCGCUUCCAGGCUGGUGCAGCAAGGACUCCUCACUGCAGACAUGCUGAAGCAGCUCCAGAAAGAGUGGCUGACACAGCGACCAGAGCAGGGCAGAGAGAAGGCCGGGACGAGAAGGAAGAAGAAGGACCCCAACUCUGAAUAGGUGAGUAACAGGUCUGGUGGCAUUCUUUAGGAAGCUGCCGAACACUGGCUUCAUUUGUGAUUACUCCCGAGAAGACACAGCAGUCACCGUCAUGGCGGCAGUUUGGAAGUUUCUGCAUUGGUUUCCUGUGUGCGGACAUUGUUCCCACACAUUCUCGUGCAGUCAGCUGAGUGUCGUUUGCUCAGACUGUUUUGUGCUGUGAACAGUUUAAUUUUGGACUUACUUUGCAAGCAACACAGUGUAGACAUCAUGAUGUGUUAUUGAGACAGGGUCUCUGUGUAGCCCAGCUAGCCUGGAACUGACUAUGUAAACCAGUCUGCUCUCAACUCAUAGGUGUCCGCCUGCCUCUGCCUCUUGAGUGCUAGGACUAACGUCGUGCUCCACCAUACUCAGCCAGUAGCGGAAUUUUGACAACGUUCCUGACUGCCUAUCACCCUGUGAGUGGAACUGGUACCUUCUCAUGGUUUAUGGAUGUGUUUUACUGAAUGGAUGGAAAGGGCUACACACAUUUUCUUUUCCUCAGGGACCAUGGGAUGAGUAACAGGUCUGGUGGCAUUCUUUAGGAAGUAGGAGUUUUAGGAGGGGUCCCCAGCCUUGAGAAGACUUCAGUCAGGUGAUGAUUUUGGUGUGCCCAGUGUAAGCUACCCUCCUUUCCUGUGAUCUCCAGUCUGCCUCCAUUGUCAGAGUGACCAGCAGGGUGGUUGUGAAAAUAUGGCCUUGGCCUUUCACCUUGAGGGAAGGGACAGCCAGAGUGAGAACCCAGGGCCUGUGCAUGUCACUGCUCACUGGGGCCUGGGCUGUUUUCCAGACAAGUCCCCAGACGUCCCUGUGCUCUGAUGCCAGGCUGCCUGGGUUUGAAUUUCUGUUCCACCCAAUACCGGUGGGGCUCUGGGCCUCUACUCCUCCAUCUGCGAAAUGGAGAGUGUGGUCUUUGCUGUAGGAAUUAAAGCUGCAAAGCACCUUGUAAACUCCACGUGUUUCCUAACUAGGAAGGUUUUAUUGGGCUGUCUGGACCACCUGUCAGGCUCAGUGCCUGAGAAGAGCAGAUGUUGCUUUGGGCUUAGACGAGGCCACAUGGGUUAAAGCAGAGCUCUAUGGAAGUGGACAAGUGUGAAUAGAGAACUUCACUUCCUGUGUUGAGGUGCUGUUACAACAGUGAGAACCCUCACAUAUGUCCUUAAGCAAAGUCCACAACUUGACACCCAGACAUUUUAGACUAGCUGCACAGAGCUUUAAUAAAGGUGAAACAUUCCCAGGGAUAGGUGUGAGAAAAUGGCAAGCCAACCCACUUAGUUUAUUUUGGUACUGUAAGCUGAAGGGUCUGGAUGCACGUAAUCUUUAACAAUCAUUAAACCUCCCAGGUUACUCAGCUGACUCACACCUGGAAGGUAGAUGCAGAUGUGCUUAGGGGAGAGAUGGUGUGCCUUAUAACAGGGACAGCCUAGUGUCCUCUGCCUCGGUGAGAGUCCACAGGCUGCCUGCCUGCCUCACAGGCAACUGGAGACUGCAGAGACCCCUGCUAUAGUGUUUUCCUUGUGCCCACUGCCCAUCCUCACCUUGUAUCCCAGCCCAGAGUGGAUGACCUCAGUUGGUGCCACAGGCACUUGAGAGGGAAUUAAGGUGACAGUACCCUUCCUGGACAGGCAGCCUGCCCAGGAUGUUGUCCGGGGCCAUUUCUGAAUUCCAGCAGUUGUGCGUUUUGGGGACUGAGUGGAAACUGAAGGUUAACCUUUUGUUUGCUUACGAGAUAAGCAAAGGAGAUAAAACUCACAGUUUGGGGGUAAACAGACUGAAAGGGUCGAGGUUUCCCCAUCCAGGAGGUAGCUGUGUCAGUCUGUGGAACUGUGUAAUCGUUUAAUCCAGACUGGCCUAAGCCAGACUUCUGGUGGUUUCUGAAGAGGCAACUGUGGAAGGUCCCUGGCCGGCAGUGGUCAGCCAUUGUUUUGAUGGGUAAGAUUGGGCAGAAGAAAAGCAGACAAAGCUAAAGCUGUCAGCGGACCAGAGUGACAGAGCUUAUCCAGAGGUCACCUGGACAGUGGGAGACAUGACUCAGGGGUGGCCACCGCCAUCUGGUCAGCUGUUAACUUUCCAGCGAAUUCCCUUAGUGUUGGGGAGAGCAGAGUCAGGGAUCUGUUUUUCAGGGAACCCCGUUCCCUGCUGGGAAGGGUCUGUUGAAGUCCUGACCUGUGUUAAUUUUUAGGCUAGCUAAAACUCAACCCAGCAGAGUCUUAGUUAACCACAUAAGUAUUGCGCCGAGGAAGAGGGGCUUGUGCUGGUCAUGAGUUGGGCCCUGGAAUCGAACUUCUGGGGCUGCUUCCUGGCUGAGCAUUGACAAGUGUGAUUUUGAGUAAGUCACUUAGUUCAGGGCCGCCUUUGUCAUCUAUAAGAUGGGACUAAUGAAGUCCCCGCCCCCCAUGCCUGGCAGUGACCGGGAGGAGCACCACGGUCUUGGUUCUCACAUCGUGCAUGAUGAGGGAGGUGGGUGAGGAACCAGGUGUCUCAAGGCGGCACACCCUUCCCACCCAUGACCUCCGUGUCUCUCUGCAGCAGCACCUCCAGUGAGGCCUGGUGGCUUCCAUUCUCUCCUAACACCCCCCACCCCACCCCUGCUCAGCCCCAAGUUACUCCCUGUGAAAUAAAGGCUGCCUGGCUUACCACUGUCGAA